UGUAGUAAUCAUCCUACCCACCAGUUCAACCAGCAGCGCCAUGAACAAGUUCAUCCUUAUCGCUUUCUUCGCUGUGGCCGUCAGCAGUGCAUUGGCCGACUACCCGAAACCAGCAUACCACGCACCAGCACCAGCACCAGCUCAUCAUGCCCCCGCUCCGGCUUACCACGCUCCAGCUCCAGCUCCGGCUUACCAUGCGCCAGCUCCGGCUCAUCAUGCUCCAGCUCCAGCCUACCACGCACCAGCUCCAGCCCACCAUGCCCCAGCACCACACUACGGACACGGACACGCUGCCCCCGCUCCAGUAGUUCACACCUACGCUGUGCACGCCCCACACGCCAAGUGCGGUGCCAACCUGCUGGUCGGAUGCGCUCCCAGCGUAGCCCACGUGCCAUGCUCUCCAGCGCACGGCCAUGGCGGAUACGGACACGGUGGACACGGACACGGAUACGGACACGCAGCCCCAGCCCCAGCCCACCACUACCGCGCCCCGGAAUCCGACUCUUUCGAUCAGUUCGAGGAAUAAGUGGAUCGUCGUGCAUUGAAGACCAAGACCUGAGCAAACAAGUUGUGAAAGUGAACAUACUCAAUCGUAGUGCUGUACAAUUGGAUGAAAAGUGAUUGGUGCGAUAAAUCGUAUUGUUAG